CUUCAAAUUCCAAGAAAUAAAAUUUCUCCAGAUAAGAAGUUAACGGCAAACGUUCUGUUAUCUAAGCUGAAGCUCAUAUUGAACUCUCUCUUUUCUCUCUCUCAUGCCCUCGCUUAUUUCAUGGCUUCCCUGCCUUCAGUUGCCGUAAAUGGCAAUCUCAAACUCGAACCAGACGUCAGAAAGAUACCCACUAAUGAAAAGAGUCCAAAUGUUAGUUAUCCAAGUGCAAAUUUGGAGAAGAGUUUCUUGAAUUUAAGAGAGACAUUGUCUACCUCUAAUGAAGGUACCCAAUUUGAAUCCUCAUUCUAUAUCCCUUUGUUGCAAGAAUGUAUUGCGAAACGGUCGGUGUUGAAUGCUCAAAUGGCCCAUUCCCACAUUGUAAAAACUGGAACCCAUGAAGAUACAUUUGUUAUGACUUCCCUUGUAAAUGUAUAUGCUAAAUGUGGGUACAUGGAAUAUGCUCAGAAGGUAUUUAAUCAAUUGCCUGGGAGAAAUGUUGUUAGUUGGACAGGGCUUAUGACGGGAUAUGUUCAUAAUUCGCAGCCUGAGGUAGCUCUUCGCGUUUUUGUAGAAAUGUUGGAAGUUGGGGCAUAUCCAACGAGUUAUACAUUUGGGACGAUAUUAAGUGCUUGUUCGUUGUUGUUACUUGUAAAAUUAGGAAAGCAAAUCCAUGCUUACAUUGUCAAAUAUGGUAUUGAAUCUGAUACGAGUGUUGGUAAUGCCCUUUGUAGCUUUUACUCUAAAUGCAGAAGCUUGUCUUCAGCUGUUGACACGUUUAGAAGGAUAGAAGAAAAGAAUGUUGUAUCAUGGACAACGGUUAUUGCUGCUUGUGGUGAUAAUGGGGAUCCUAUGAUGGGUGUAAGGUAUUUUUUGAUGAUGCUUUCAGAAGAUACUGAGCUCAAUGAGUUCACCUUCACUAGCAUCUUCAGUUUGUGUUGUACAAUACAAGCUUUAGAAGUAGGGAGACAAUUACAUUCCUUAAGCAUCAAACUCGGAUUCCAAGGGAACCUGCUAAUUGAUAAUUCAAUUAUGUACUUGUACUUGAAGUGCGGAUUGAUUGAUGAAGCAAAUAGACUAUUUGAUGACAUGGAAUCUAUCAGCUUGGUUACAUGGAAUGCUAUGAUAGCAGGUCGUGCCCAAAUGAUGGAUCUUGCAGAGAACCGGCUUUCUGCUCAACAAAGUGGAAAUCGGGCAUUAAGUAUCUUUUUGAAGAUGAAUAGAUCAGGCACAAAACCAGAUCUUUUCACCUUGUCAAGUGUCUUGAGUGUUUGCAGUUCUCUGAUGGCCUUGGAUCAAGGAGAACAGGUUCAUGCUCAGACCAUCAAAAGUGGGUAUUUGGCUGAUUUGAUUGUAGGAACCUCCCUGGUUAACAUGUAUAGUAAAUGCGGAAACAUUGACAAAGCUGCAAAAGCUUUCACUGAGAUGCAGACAAAGACUAUGAUAUCUUGGUCAUCUAUGAUUUCGGCUUUUGCCCAACAUGGCCGAUCUCAGGAAGCACUACAGCUAUUCGAGGAAAUGCUAUCAGCUGGAGAGAAACCAAAUAAAAUCACGUUUGUCGGUGUAUUGUCCGCAUGUAGCCAAGCCGGCCUGGUUGAUAAGGCCCUACAAUACUUCGAUAUGAUGAAGACAAGAUACAAGAUUAAGCCAAUAAUGGAGCAUUAUGCAUGUUUGAUAGACAUGUAUGUUAGAUUAGGGCGGCUAGAGGAAGCUUUUGAUCUUACCAAGAGAAUGGGGUGUGAACCCAACGAUGUUAUCUGGUCCAUCUUAAUUGCUGGCUGUAGAAGUCAAGGAAAUCUGGAGUUGGGUUAUUAUGCUGCUGAACAAUUGCUUAAACUGAAGCCCAAAGAUAACGAAACCUAUGUUUUGUUGUUGAACAUGUAUCUUUCAGCAGAAAGAUGGCAAGAUGUCUCCAGAGUAAGGAAAUUGAUGAAGGAUGAAAAGCUCGGAAAGUUGCAGGAUUGGAGUUGGUUGAGCAUUAAGGAUAAAGUUUACUCAUUUUCACCGAAAAAUUGGUCAUAUCCUCUUAAAAUAGAGGUUGAGAACUACUUGAGUACAUUGGUUGAUGAGAUCAAGGGUCGGGGAUAUCAAUCUCAAAGCCCACAAGUAACUGAUAUGGAGGACGAUGAGGCGGAACCUGUAACUUCUUCUGUACAUCAUAGUGAAAAGUUAGCAAUUGCUUUUGGAUUGUUACAAACAAGUAAAAGUGUUCCUCUACGAAUAGUCAAGAGUAUUGGUAUGUGCAGGGAUUGUCAUACAUUCAUCAAGCUUGUCUCUGAAAUUACUGACCGUGAAAUUAUAAUCCGUGAUAGUAAGCGACUCCAUAGAUUUGUUAAUGGACAUUGUUCUUGUGGAGAUUUUGCCAAUCUUUUUUAAUCUAAUGAUUUUCUGCUUAA